UGACAGGAGACGAUGAUGACCUGUUCUUGCGUUGCUGCGAGAGUAUGCGCUAUCGCAUGAAUUUUCGCAGGUGGUGAUUUUUCGGUGCUGAAACGAUAGAAGCCCGAGGUGUGCGCCGGUCGGCGUGUUCGCACUCGAGGAGCAACAACACAAGUUCGAAGCGCCCUGGUCGAGGGCGUAGCCCGAAAUCGAAGGAGAAAAAAGAGUCUCACAGUGGCCCCACACACAACAUAUAUUUCGCAUCGGAUUUUGUGCUAUCCCCGUGAGAAGAUUACGAGAGCGUACACGUAAGAAGAAUCACAAGAGGAAAAGAGAAGGAAGAGAAGGAGAAGGAGAGAGCAAGUUGGGGAUCGCUUUUGCCAAACGGACCGUUUAGUUACUGUGACACCACAUAUAUAUACAAUGUUGAGUUGUUUCGAAUCGAAUACGUUGAGAGCGCCGUGAUUUUGAAAAUUCGAAUAAAGUGUACGCGAAAGAUUUAUACGACAUUCCGACUUAUCAUUGUGCCAACGAGAAUCGCUGCCAAUGUGCAAUUCGGCAGAUACUUCCUACGUACAAAAAUUAGGUUAUUUGCAUCUUGGAGAUGAUACUGCAGAUGCUGGUGGUACGACCAGAGGUUCGGGUUCCAGGCCCGAAGCUCAGGUACCUGUUUCGAGAAAUGCGAUUAACAGAAACGACGCUAGAGCGUCUGGCAGACCGGUCGGUGCUAUUGAAAGCUUUAUUGAAGGCAAUUCCUCGGAUAUUUCUAGGCAGGCAGCCGCCACUGACUACAAGUUAUAUGAGCGUGAAAACAUAAUAGCUGCUUCACGAUUUGCGACACCGAAGCCAGUGGAGCAAAUCAGUGCGCAGCAACAGCAGCAACAAAAUCAGACUCGUGGAAGCCAUCAACAGGCUCCUGUUUAUGAGAAUAUAGAUUAUUAUCCGCAGCAGAGUCAACCACAUCCUCCUUAUUACCAUCCAAUGGAAUCUAGAAAAAGUCCUAAAAGUAGUCCUAGAGGUUCUCUAGUUGGUGAUUCCUAUGAAGGAAAUUACAGAAAAGCUCAACCGCAAGUGCCAACUGGCAAUCGUUAUCAAAGUGUAUCACCAGCAAAAGAAUUACCACCGUAUGAAGCACCACCAGUAUAUGAAAAUAUACAAGAAGUUCACUUCUCUGAGAACAUGCAGAAUAAGCCAGGGCCUCAGGUUCCGCCGAAUUAUUAUCAUCCAGCAAAUAUUAACGGCGGCGAUUAUGUCGUUAUGACUGGGAAAGUAAAUCAAUCUCAAAAUCAACGUGCAAUGUCUCAAAGUUUAUCAUACACCCAACAAAGAAGUGGAAGUAUACGUGGCCAAAGUUACGACGGUGCUUCAAGUUUACAACGAUCAAUCGAUUCGUCUACUGCCAAGUACUUACAAAGCUCAUCCUCUGCUUCCUCGGAUCAUCAAUCUGGAAGAAGCGCUUAUGUACCUCCCUCCGAAUUGCAGCCACCAAAUAGAAACUUUAAUUAUAACGCGGAUCAGCAGCAAUCUCCGAGAUCUGGUUUGCCAUAUCACAGUGAGUCUCCUCCGAUACGCUUACCACCAGAUUCUCAUCAUUAUCGCGGUUCAAUAGAAAAUACUAUGAGCGGACAACAAGGGUUUCGUACUACAAAUCAAGUCGAUAAUAACCAAGCUUCUCAGUUUCGACAGGACAAUCCACAGAAUUAUAAGCAAUACGUCGAGGCUUCUUCGAGGACUACAAAUACAAAUUUUACAGGGGACUCGCAAGCCAGAAAUUCUCCAGUAUAUGGAAUUCGCCCAGGAGAACAAACAACAUGUCGUAAUCCUCCGUGUUAUUCUCCAAAUCGUGCAAUGCCUCAGAAUGACAGAAACUAUCAUCAUCAAGAAAAUUUUCCUGCGAGAAAUUCUCCAGUUUACUCUUCAAAUCGCUCCACAGAACAUUUGAGAUUAGGCACAUUACAGCAAGGUGACAGAACUUACAUGUCAGAUGUGUCAGAUCUCUCACCUGCAAGAAGUUCAUCUCUCUACUCCCCUAGUCGAAGUGAUCCUGCUAGGACCGUUAUUGCCAACAACAAUGUAGUAAGAGAAUCUCCGAAGACUAGCCCAACUCACGGUCAGAUGCCAUUAGAUAUUGCUUCGCAAAACGUAAUUAAUUCGCCUAGACAUGGACAGUCUCUUUCGUCACACAAUUCUGUUGCAAGUCCUAUACGUGGACAGGUACAAGCUCCUGUCAAUAGUGCUUCAACCAACGAAAUAGACGCUAAUGCCGGUCCUAGGAUCACUAGCCUCCCUCCAGGUGUUACCAGUGGAGUUGCAGGGCCCGUACUUUUAAAUGCUGGUGUGCCUAUGUUGCAAAGAUCUUCUGACUUGGAAACAAAAGAGAGGAAAUCCGUUAGUCCACCGAUCAAGCCUGCACCUGGCAAGGGAUUGUUACCCUACAAUAUCAUUUCCAGACCUUCGGGACCUACGGAGGCGGAAAGAAAGAUAGAGGAGUUAACGAGACAGCUCGAAGAGGAAAUGGAAAAGCAGGAGGAAGAGGGAGAGUACUUCGGUAUUUGCCAUACAUGUGGUGAGAAAGUGACCGGCGCCGGACAGGCUUGUCAAGCAAUGGGCAAUCUCUAUCAUACCAAUUGCUUCAUAUGCUGUUCCUGCGGAAGGGCUCUCCGCGGUAAAGCUUUCUACAACGUUCACGGGAGAGUUUAUUGCGAAGAGGAUUACUUGUAUUCUGGUUUCCAGCAGACAGCCGAGAAAUGCGCAAUUUGCGGCCACCUCAUCAUGGAAAUGAUACUGCAAGCCAUGGGCAAAUCUUAUCAUCCGGGCUGCUUCAGGUGCUGCGUGUGCAACGAAUGUCUCGAUGGCGUGCCAUUCACGGUCGACGUCGACAAUAAGAUCUAUUGUGUAAAUGAUUACCACAGAAUGUUUGCGCCUAAGUGCGCGUCUUGUGGAAAGGGAAUCACGCCAGUUGAGGGUACUGAAGAAACGGUCAGGGUAGUCUCGAUGGACAAAGACUUUCAUGUGGAUUGCUACGUUUGUGAGGAUUGCGGUAUGCAGUUGACCGAUGAGCCGGAUAAGCGAUGCUACCCACUUGAUGGCAGACUUAUGUGUCGUGCGUGUCACAUCCAACGCAUAUCGCAUACGCAACCGAGGGCACCGCAACCGGUGUCCGCUAGCUAUCAGUUUAUGGGCUAAAUGCACUGAUAUAAUUUAAGCUUCUGUCUCGGAGCUUUUUAAACUGCGCAUAUAACGAUCAUCCGAUAAUGAAUACUAUGGAAAUCGAUAGAGCUAAACAAUCGUCGUUAAUCAAGGUUAACAUUCCCAUAUUUUAUAGAAUCAAAACGUGUGUAUGUGCAUGCAGAUACCUUAAUACACACUGCCUAGGGAAAAUUUUUACUACAAUUCUUCAUAAAAUUUUUCAAAUUUUUUAUAUAAAUUUUAAAAUUUUGCAGAAUUUUUGAAUAAUUUUCUAACUUUUUAGAAAAUUUCAUAGAUGUUUUACACAAGUUGAGAUACUUUUUAAAAAAUUUUACUUUGCUAAGAAAAUCUACAUCUUCGUUAAAAUUCUUUAUAAAUGUAAAUUUUUAAAUAUUUUAAGAUUUUUUAAAUUUCUUGUUCUAUAAUUUUUGAAAAAAACUUAAAUUUGAAAAAAUGUAAGGUAUUUCUUCAGAAUUUUUAUAAAAAGUAAUAACAAAUUUCGCCCAUUUUGUGGCCUUUGAAAUUUGAAUCAAAUUGUGCUAUGCCAAACGAUGCUAUAUAAUAAAAUAUUAAUCUCAGAAUUUUAAUUUGAUGAAGAUUUUGAAAACAUGGAGAUUUAAAGUAACAAAAUUUUCAAUAUUGUCCAAGCAUGAUGUAUACAGAAAAACUUUUUAAAACUUCUUUGAUAUGAUGAAUGGAAUUUUGACUAGAAAUAGUCAGAAUAAUUUUCUGACUACUGUACUAAGAAUCUAACAUCUUUACUCCUGUUACUUAAUUUUUUUUUAAGGAGGCAAACUACUCUAAAAAAGUUUUUACUGAAUUUUUCAAAAUCACGGUCCAAUCUGAAAAUAGUUUUUAACUCGUUUAAAAAUAAUGUGUCCAUUAUGCUUGGACAAUAUUAAAAAUUCGGCUAUUUUGUUUUAUCUCUAAAACUACCCUCAGAUUCGACACUUCAAAUUUUUCUGAAAUUAAUGCUUCAUCGUAUAGCAUUGUUCGGCAUAUAAAUUCGAUUUUAGAGCCAAAAUGGACGAAAAAAAUCCAUAUUUUUGUGCACUCCUUGAAAUAUGAAAAUUUUUGAAGAACUUUUAAAAAUAUUGUGAUAUAAGCAUUUCUUUCAUCAGAAUAGUAUUAAAAAUAGAUUUUCUCAGCAAAGUUGGACUAGAAAAUAGGAAGGAACGAUUAAUGACUUUUGAUUUGAUUGGGAUAAGAGUUUUCAGCUUUAAUCUUACAACAUUCUACCAGAGAGAGUUAAAACGUUUCAGCUUUGCCAGACCGGCAUGUUGUACGAUCUGCUAUCGCUUUUAAUUGCUUCGUCGAAUAUUUUCAAAUAGCCAGAUCUGUUCGAGAACAGAUUCUAUAAUAUCUGCUACUAAACUUUGUUGACAAAAAAGUUAUAGAUUUGAUAUGACCUUGCAUACAUUUGACGUUGCUGACAGAAUUAUGUUGAAGAUGAUAGCAGAAUUAUGUUGAAAUUUUGUAAAAUAUAAUGACAGAAAUCUAACAGACUUAUAUAGUUUGACGUAGAUGAAUGACAAAACUAAAACAAUGUUGUGUAACGUAUUAUAUAGAGGGACAUUCGCGAUCAAUUCGCGAUUAUACAUGUGUACGAGUCGGUCUUUGCGAAACAUUCAUUCAGGUUAAACAAAAAUUGAUUGUCAGUUCGAGUACAAGUUUCGCGUUACUUAUCACGCAGCAUUCUCGUUGUAGUAUUUGUCAUUGUUGGUAUAUUGCAAUAUAUUGGAGUAAUAUUAUUAUAAACUAAUAUAUAUUAUAAAAAGAACAAAUUUUAUCGAAUCAAUACAUGACGAUAGUGGCUGUUAUAAUUAAUGUAUGCUGUAAAAAUAAUAAUCGUCUGUAUCGCGUAUAUUUCUUGUAAAAAAUACGAUUUUAAUUAUUUUACAAUUUUAAACGAAAUGUGACUUUGACAUAAUUAUAAGACUGGUAUUAGGAAAUAGAAAUUAUUAUAUUAUUUUCUGAGAACAAUUUGGCAUCAGUGCAAGUAGCGUAUGAUUAUAAGUACAAGUUCUUUCCUUUUAUUCGAAGGUAAUCGAUUAUCUAAAUAAAUAUGGUAUAUUUAAUAUAUACAAUUUUUAUUUAUUUAACAAAGGUACUCUGCGAAUAUGCAGUAGUUUCAUUAGGAUGAACGAGUUGCGCAGGCAACUGUGAUAUAGUAGCAUAAUUAUGCGUUUUUAAGUAAAAACUUCGUACUUUUUAGCGUAUGUAUAUAAUAUUUUUAUCGGGUACAUUUAUUAUAAUGCAAAUUUACGGCGGAAAUGUGAAUCUCGGGAACAUUCCUGCGAAUUUUUUCCGUAGAUCAAAUUUCAUUGUACUUCAUAUAGCAUUCAUUAACAAUAUUUAUUAAGACAAAUGUAUCUCGCUGCGAGAGCUCGCGUAAUAUUAAAACAGUUCGUCUGUAUACUUCGAAGGCUAUAAUGAUCGCCUUUAGUUUCACAUAAAGCGUAGAGACUAGAACAAUAUGGGUGUGCUAUAACGAUAAAUAUACAAUAUUACAGCAUUGAAAGACGCACAACUCAAGCUGCCAAAUAACUAUUGUUAUUCUUCAGGAUUAAUAAACGUAAUUUCCACAUUUACAUAUAAGUCGAGCGCAUAUUGUAGAUAAAUACUAUAAUCUUAUUUAAAUCGUACACAGUAUAUAUAAAUGACUAUCCUCUUCAAUAAAGACAAACUGCAAUAAGUAUA